CCUAAAGGUACAUAUGUGUACCUGACCUUUCUGCCAUCGACACAACGGAGUGAGAAGCGACACAGUCAUGCUUGCCCCACGCAGUCAUACUGGCGGCAGUGUGCACUUCCGUUGUGCACCCUCCAACCUCGUGCCGCGGGCCCUCUACGAAGUCUUCUCCAGCUUCCGGCUUUCCAUUUCCUCGCUUCUCCCGCUGCCUCGCCUUUGAGAUGGAAACAACAUCCAACGACCACAACGCGACGAAUCGGAACGACCCCAACAUGGCAUGGCGCCAUCUGGGACAAACUGGACGCCGUCUUUCGUCGAGGCUCCACAACCUUCUUCCGAUCUGGCCGUCUUUCCCAGCGAGUGUGCGCUGAUGUGAAUGCCUGACCGCGAACGCCUACUUCAGGCAGAAAGACCGCUUCGGCCCGCUAGGCCCGAGGGCCGAUUCUACUCCGCUGUGCUCUAGUGUGCUGCUCUGAAGGGUAACGAUGGAGCGAUCCAUCGCGGUGCGUGCUCUACUACUCUCUGCACGCCUCUUCUCUCUGAACACCACCACCACCACCACUACCGCCACCACCGCCCCCCAUCCGCCCACGCAGCAGACUCGCACGCCGGACCUAGAGCGUGUCACAAACUUGUUAGCUCGCCCUCUUGCCCGUCCCAAUCGCUAUCCACCGCCAGAUUCGGAGCUUUGCUGCACGCGAACAUUUCCCACCCACCGACAUUCUGCUCCUGACAAGCAGCUUUCGGGCGGGAACUCGACUUUCCUUAUCAUUGUACUCAUCCUAGGAACGACUUCUGAAAGAUUCGCGGAUUUUGGAUAAGUCGAAUUACCACGAUGCCGCCGUCGCCGCCGGCAAGGCGGAGCACGAGGGGAGCACCGCCAGCGGCACCAGCUUCUACGACAUCAUCCACCAUAUCCUCCACACGGCAGGAUCGAAACGUGCGAGGAACGAAUAACGCAAAGUCUGCCACUCCACGAUCACUGUCCUCCGAGGACAUCAGUGAGCCGCCGCGGCGAAGCCAGCGAUCUCAAGUCGCCCACAAAGACGACGACCCCAGUAAGACAGAGGAUGCCGUAGAGGAUCCCGAUGAAGAAGCUAUGGACGAAGAUGAGAUCACGCGAUGCAUAUGCGGCCUACAAGAAUAUCCUGGUCCUCCAUUGAGCGAGGCGUUCGCGGGCCUUCCAGACGCGCAGGCGGAAGAUGCUGGCGAACUAUUCAUCCUGUGCGAUGGCUGCUCAGUCUGGCAGCAUGGAGGCUGCGUAGGCAUUGUCGCGGAAAACUUGACACCGGAGAAGUACUUCUGCGAGCGGUGUCGACCGAAGCUGCACGCUCUCGGUACAGAUUCACGAGGGUACGUCUGUUCUUUCCUUCACCCUCACCACAUGCCAUAUCACGUCACGCCAUAAUGGCGAUUUCCCUGUAUAAGGGCAAUGGCGCACAUGGCGGGAAGACGAUGGCAGGAGGCAGCUUCAACUGCAGCUGCAAGGUCACUGGCAACAGACCCGUCGGACUGCUUCCACCUCCAAUACUUGCAACUCAA